CACACCAACAUCGGCGCAAAUUGAGAGUCGGGAGCUGAGUGGUGGUGAAGGGGGUGUGGGUUGGUUGUGUGAGGGCCUGAUAUGUUCACGUGGAAGGUUUUCGGGCUGUUUUAUAUGUGACCUUGUAUGCUUUCGGGAUGGCGAUGCAGUCGGUUUGUUGAAGAUACGGAUUGUGAAGCUAGAACGACAUCACUUAUCUGCCAUGGGGGGCAGAGAAUCAAAACUGACGUGCAUCUCCUACGAAGACGCCGUGAAAAGAGUGAGUGAGGCUGACCUGAAACGACUGAGGGAGGCGGCCAAGCGUCUGGGCAACAGCAGCGGGGCCAUCAGCCGCCAGACAUUCUUCCACGAUGUGCUGGGCGACAAUGUUCCUGCUGCCCAAGCUGAGAUCAUCUACACGGCCUGCAGCGGCGCUCAGAAGGGUAUCAGCUUCAAGGACCUGCUCUGCGGUCUGGUGGUCAUCACCAAGGGCACCGUCGAAGAGAAGACCAGACUGCUGUUCAACGUGUACGCCGGCGACAGCGGCCAGUACAUCACCCGCACGUCCAUGCUGAAGGUGGUGCAGCAGUGCGAGGGCAAGACCAACGUGGACGGCUUCAGGGCACUCUUCAAAACGGAGGAGCGGGUGGGGUACCCCGAGUACCGCGACUGGGUGCAGCUGUACGCCGCCUCCACCGAGCUCAGCACGUGGCUGCUCUCCCGCGACCCGGGCCUCAAGCUCUCCGACGACCUGGAGACGCCCACAUUCUAUCAGUCGCUGGCCGGCGUCACGCACCUGGAGGAGCGCGAGAUUCUGGAGCUGGAGCAGAAGUACUGGAGUCUGAAAGGUCAGUCUCGUUCGGGCCGCUUCGACCGCGACCUGCUCGGCCCGCUGGUGACGCCGCCGCUGCCCGAGCCGCUGCUGGACGGCUUCUUCAACGCCUUCGACGAGAACCGCGACGGCCACAUCGACUUCAAGGAGAUGGCCUGCGGCAUCUCGGCCGCCUGUCGCGGCCCGCACCUGGAGCGACACAAAUUCUGCUUCAAGGUGUUCGACAGCGACCGCGACGGCCGGCUGAACGAGGCCGAGGUGCGCCUGAUGGUGGACGUGCUGCACUGCAUGUCGACCGAGGUCUCGGCCGCAGAGCGGGACGGCAUGGUGGCUAGCAUCCUGGCCGGCUCGGACAGCGGCGCCUUCAUCACGCAGGAGGAGUACCUGAUCUGGACGCUGGACAACCCGCUCUCCGACUACUGCCCCAGCCUCCUGUUCCAGAUGUGUCACGUGGUGCUGGGCCUGCGGCCGCGCAGUCGACAGGAGGAGGCGGACAUCGUGCUGGGCUGGCUUUGCCGCCAGGAGGCGCUCGGCUACCGGGUCGGCGCGCUCUGGUACCUGGUCAACAUGGCCUGGUGGAACGCAUGGACCGACUACGUCAACUACCAGGCCGAGACGUCGAGCGGCGGGGCGACGGCUUCGAGCGCCGCCUCCACCGCUUCGGGCCACGCCACGCUCAGCCGCUCCACCAGCCGCGAUAAGAAGUGCAAGGCCGACGCCGUGGUGGCCAACGACGUCAGUCCCGUGGUGGUGACCAGCGUGAAGACGCUCUCGGAGAACCCGAACGCCGACUGCCUGCGGCCGCGCUCCGGCGGCCCGCGGCCGGCCGGCUCGGCCGCCUCGCUAGCAACGCUCGAGCGCGCCGCCACGCCCUCGCCGUCGCCGUCGCCGUCGCCCAACCCCAGCCGCAAGCUGGCGGACAACGCGCCGCUGACGCAGCCGCCGCUCAACAAGGUGACGAACCUGACGGGCGAGGGCGGUCGGCUGCGGACGGACGUGACGCUGGUGCGCGGCCGCGACUUCGAGCUGGUGCCGGAGAGCCUGUGGAAGGCGCUGGUGCAGUGGUACGGCGGCUCGCCGGGCCUGCCACGUCAGGUGAUCCAGCCGGCGGCCGGCGUGUCGGUGGAGCUCGAGCUGUACCCUAUCAACCUGCGCCUGCUGCGCCACCAGGCGGCGGCAACGCGCAGCGGCCAGACCGCCUGGUCCGGCUCCGUUGGUGGGUACUCGGGCGUGCCGCUAGUCGACGUCUCCUCGUACUCGACGAUGCUGGGCAACAGCGCGGCGCCCAAGCGCUACGUGGCGUACACGGCGGCGUUUAGCCGGCAGGCGAGCGUGCGUCAGCUGUACGAGUUCCUCAGCUCGCGGCUCCGGCUGCGGCCCGAGGACACGCGGCUCUGGCACAUCCGCGACGAGAACAACAUGGUGCUUUGGGAGGACGAGUCGCCUUCGCUGGAGCAGCUCAAGGUAGCCGACAACGACCAGGUGCUGAUUGAGGUCCGCAACAAGGACCAGACAUGGCCCGAGGAGAUGUCGACCAUCGCCAACCUCAGCCGGGCGCAGGCCGCCAGACACCGGCUAGCGCCGAUCGAAAAGGGUGUGACGGGUUUGAACAACGUGGGCAAUACGUGCUUCAUGAACACCGCGCUCCAGUGCUGUAGCAACACGACCGCCCUCACCAAGUACUUCGUAGAGAACAUGCACCUGUACGAGGUUAACAGGAAAAACCCGCUGGGCAUGAAAGGCCACAUCGCGCUCUGCUACGCCGAUCUCAUCCAGGAAAUAUGGCGCGGCACGACCAAGACGAUCGCGCCGCUCAAGCUGCGGUUCACGAUCGGCAAGUACGCGCCGCGCUUCAGCGGCGUGCAGCAGCACGACGCUCAGGAGCUGCUGGCUUUCCUGCUGGACGGCCUGCACGAGGACCUGAACCGGGUGCACGACAAGCCGUACGUCGAGCUGCGCGACAGCGAGGGCCGGCCCGACGUCGUCGUCGCCCAGGAGGCCUGGGAGAACCACAUCCUGCGCAACAAGUCGAUCGUGGUGGACCUGUUCCACGGCCAGCUCAAGUCGAAGGUGACGUGCCGCCAGUGCGGCCACGAGAGCGUCCGGUUCGACCCGUUCAACGUGCUCUCGCUGCCGCUGCCCAUGGAGAACUUCACGCACGUCAAGAUCACCCUGGUGCGGCUGGACGGUUCGGUGCCGGUGCGGUACGGGCUGAGGCUCAACAUGGACGCCCGCUACUCGGCCGUCAAGCAGCAGCUGCAGCAGAUGUCGGGCGUCAACGAGGCCAGCCUGCUCGUCUGCGAGCUGGCCGACCCGCUCGUCAAGUGCGUGCUCCCGGACGACCAGCGCGUGCGCGGCUCGACGGUCGGCCUGUACGCGUUCGAGGUACCGCUGGCGUGGCAGCGGCCGGCGUCGGCGCGCACCGGCUCGGGCGCCAGCGAGUCGAGCGAGCACGGCUUCUCGCACAUCCAGCGCUCGCUGCCCAACGGCGCCGCGCACCUGCCGAACGGCGAGGUGCCGCAUGAGGAGGAGGUGCCGGCGCCGGGUCGCUACUCGGACUCGGACGCAGCUAGCACGGCCUCCUCGGGCAUCAGCUGCCAGCUGGACCUGGACGACCUGGCCAAGGGCUUCGUGGUGGCCUACCACCGCAAGAUGGAGCGCCAGGAGAGCUACCUGCUGUCGGCGCAGAAGACGCGGCCGCUGCUGUUCGGCCUGCCGGUCAUGGUGGCGUGCGGCCUGGUGGUGUGCGGCACGGAGCUGUACCGCGCCGUCUGGACCCAGGUGGCGCGCCUCGUCUCGCCGCUGCCGCCCGCCUCCGAGGUGGCGCUGGCCAACCACGCGCAGGACUGUGACGACAGCCUGGGCUACAAGUACCCGUUCGUGCUCAAGUGCGUCAACAAGACAGGCACGGCGUGCUGGUCGUGCCCGUGGUACCGGUUCUGCCGCGGCUGCUCCAUCCCGUGCACGGACACGGUGCUGUCGGCGGCGCCUGCCUACCUGGCCAUCGACUGGGACCCGACGGCGCUCCACCUCCGCUACCUGGGCGGACAGGAGAAGGUGUGCCUGGAGGACCCGUCCGUGCCGCUGACCCGGCAGCGACAGACGGAGCCCAUCGACCUCAACAGCUGCCUGCAGGCCUUCACCCGCGAGGAGACGCUCGGCGAGCAGGAGAAGUACUACUGCUCCAAGUGCCGCACCCACCAGCCGGCGCUGAAGAAGCUACAGAUCUGGCGGCUGCCGCCCAUCCUGAUCGUGCACCUGAAGCGGUUCCAGUCGGUGGGCGGCCGGUGGGUGAAGUCGCAGAAGGUGGUCAACUUCCCGUUCAACAACUUCGACCCGACGGACUACUUGGCGUCCGUGCCGCGACAGACGGUGCUGCACCACCGCGCCGAGCUGGGCGACCUGGCGGCCGACUCGCCGGAGCUCGACUGGGACGUGCUCUCGUCGUCAGAGGACGCCGGCGGCGGCGGCGGCGGCGGCUCGCUGCUGCCGCUGCCGGCCGCCGCCGGGCCGCGCGGGCGCAUCCGCAACGGCUCCGUCAUGUACGGCGACGUGCUGCAGGACUUCCACCAGCACCGACUGGCGUCCGGACGCGACCCGCUGCUGCUGCGCUACCGGCUGUACGCGCUCAGCUGCCACACGGGCAUCAUGGGCGGCGGACACUACGUCUGCUACGCCCAGAACGACGCCGGCAAGUGGUUCUUCUACAACGACAGCUCGUGCAAGGAGGUGCCAGAGUCGCAGAUCGACACCAACUCUGCUUACAUCCUCUUCUACGAACGGGAUGGCAUCGACUAUGACAGCUACAUGCCAAAGGUGACGGGGAAGCCGGUCAACAAGGAGGAGGUGCAGCAGGAGUACGAGUCCGAGUUCAAGAAGGUGUGCACGGUCAUGUGACCGGGCGCGGCGCGGUGAUCGCGCGCUGCCCACCUGCCAGCGCGCGAC